AUGCACAUAUGUAGCUUGAAGAACGAAAGUUAACUUCUUCGACCCGGCAGUUUUACUUCUCUUUCUGAAGCAGUGCUGGUCUGUAGUCAGCCAUUUCUAAUUUAUAUCUCUCAAUAUAUAAAUAUUACUUACACCAUCAGCUUAGACCUGGAAACGCAUCUAUAUGGCGCAUUAUAGAGCCUCAGACUCCAAGAGAGAGCAGUUUCGAAGAUAUUUAGAGAAAACUGGUGUUGUUGACAGUCUCACCAGUGUUUUUGUGUCCCUGUAUGAACAACAAGAGAAGCCCACCGAUGCGUUGGAAUAUGUGAAGGAGCACCUUGGUCCCAUGGGGCAGGUUUCCGACACCGAGGCCCUGCAGCAGGAGGUGAUAGAUCUGAGGCAGAAGUGUGCACGUCUGAUAGAGGAAAACCAAGACCUCAAAGCAAAACUGCAGCAGCAUGAACCUGCUUCUAAAGAUGGAGGCACAGCGAUCUAGACCGCAGCAGCGCUGUGGAUUUGUUACAACUGUUAGCUUGAAUUUAAAAAUGGGGCAAAACUGCGACGUUAAAGCCUCAAACUUUUUACUUGGCUGCUGUUUUUGAGAACCUUAAGUUUAUUCUUUGUUUCGUAUAACUUAUGUGUUGUGUACAUAUUUUCCUUGUUCGUUUAAACUUUAGUAAAGCAAGU